UCGGUUUCUUCUUCUUCUUUUUAGCUUCUUCAUUCUGCUAUGGAUGUUAUCUCCACCACUAUUUGGUGCAACCUAACAUGGCAGGUUUAUUCUCUCUAGGUCCACAUCAUAGCAAACAAGAAGAACAAGAUCAAGAAGAAAACAACAACAACAACAACAGCAACAUCCAAUUGCUAUUGAGAAACGAAGAGAUCUACACCAAUAGCAGCACCACCAACACCAACACCAACAGAGGGUUCGAGAUAUGGCCUCAUCAUCAUCAACCAAGCUACUACUCCUUCGGUUUGGGUCCAUCUAGUGAGAGAAACACCACCACAAACCUAAACGACGACGUUUCGGUGUCUUUCUCUGAUGAGUCCAACCGGUUCGGGUUCACCGUGAUGAGAUCUUCUUCUUCUGGAUCGGGUUUAGGAAGCGGCACCAAUUGCCAAGACUGCGGUAACCAAGCCAAGAAAGACUGCCUCCACCUUCGCUGCCGAACCUGCUGCCGAAGCCGAGGGUUUCAAUGUUCUACUCACGUCAAAAGCACUUGGGUUCCUGCUGCCAAACGACGCGAGCGCCAACACACUCUCGCAUCGUUACAGCAGCAGCAACCCGGGAGAGCAGGAGAAGGAGAAGGAGGAGGCGAUGUUCACUCUAGACGAAGUAGAGAAGCCUCCGCUUGUGUUCCCAUGCCGAUUACUACUACAGGGUUGGAACUAGGGCAAUUCCCUCCGGAGUUGAACUCACCGGCGGUGUUCCGGUGUGUCAAAGUCAGCCCAAUGGACGCACCUGAUGAGAGGUACGCGUAUCAAACGGCUGUCAAUAUAGGAGGCCAUGUUUUCAAGGGGAUUCUCUACGAUCAAGGUCCAGAUGGUCCUUUCGCCACCAAUGCCGCCGCCGCCGGUGAAGGUUCCUCCCAUGGAGGAGGUGAGCCUCAUCAUCAACAACUCAGUCUCAUAACAACCACCAGCGGUGCCGGCAUCACAUUUGACCCUUCACAGCUUUAUCCGGCGCCGAUGAACGCUUUCAUGGCCGGUACGCAAUUCUUUCCGCCCCCGAGAACCUAGAGCCUUAACAGAGUAAUGUUAUUUGAAUAUAAUAAAGAGAUAUAUCAUAGUGAUAAGAAGAGAGAAAAAAUGUUUUUUCAAUUUCAAUACUCAUAACAUUGUAUUCAUUUUCUCCUCUCUCUUCUUAUAGUUAUGUUAUAUCUAUUUUCUAUGUUCAAAUAUUAUUAUUAGAGUGUGUAUCCCUCUCUCCCUUUGAAUAAUUUAAAUUGGAGUCUCUACUAGGAUUUAUGUUUCUUGAUGGGAGGUAUGUAUAACAUUAUUAUUGAGCUCAAUGCAACUUAUAUAUAUUGUAGCUUCUAGAGAGCUAUAGAGAGCAGUUAAGAAGUGUUCACAAAUGAUUAGGACCAUGAUGAUCAUUUCAGAGGGUGCACGAAAUUAAAGGGUCCCCUUGUGUUUCUUUUGUUUUUGUCUUGUCCCAAUCUCACUUCAGAUUUUCAUGCUGCCAAAUACUAAAUUCUUAUUAUAUCUUAUCGAAACUCUCAAUCUUAAUUUAUCUUAAGCUAAUUUUCAG